CAGCCAUAUUUGAUGACAUGUUUACUAUUCGUUUGCGGAGUAUCACGAAAAUAUGAAAGCAAAUUGUUAAUUGUUUGAAGUAAAAUGGAAGUUUCAAGUGAAGAACCGACUAAAAUCGCUGAGGCAACACCUCAGGAACAGUCUAAUGUUGAAGAGGAGUUUACCGCUGACGGAAACAUAGAGCAAGAAGGUGAUUUCGAAGAGGGCUCCGAUUUUGGUUUUUCUCCCGGCGGGGGUUUUCGUGGACGAGGUUCAUGGGGACCACCGCGUGGAUUUCGUGGACGCGGUGGAUUCGGUCCAAUGCAUCGUGGAAGACCGCCAUUCUUUCGUGGUCGAGGAGGCAAUGCCAGAUUCGGUGGUCCGAAUUUCGAUCCGAACUGGGGCCCGCCACCAAACAUGAUGGGAAAUCACUAUGGCAACGGUCCGUUUGGUGGUCCACAAAUGGAAUUGUGGGUGGAAACGAAAACCGAAGAUGGGAAAUCGUAUUUCUAUCAUGCAUUGUCUCGCGAAACAACGUGGACGCGUCCGGAAGGUCCUCACGUCAAAAUUAUGAGUCAAGCCGAAGUGGAGGCUAUGACUGCUCAAAAACAACAGCAACAACAAAUGAAAGUUGACCAAGGUGCUGCGAAUAGCAAUGACGACAAAUCUGCCACCAACGGUAACAACGCCACAGCGGACGGUGGUAACGCAGAAACCAUAAAUGGUGACAAGACUUCCGUAGAUGACGAAACGACAACAAAAUCACAAUUGCAGCAACAGCCUCCAAAUCAACAGCAACAACAACAGCAUCAGCAAGCCCAAAUGCAUCACUACAAUGGACCUCCGCCACAUUUCGGUGGACCACAAUAUGGAAUGCCUCCACCUGGAUACGGUGGCUAUCCACCAACAGGAAAUUGGGGCAUGCCAUGGCAGCAUCCACCACAGCAACAACCGCCACAACAGAUGAGCGAACAACCAGCCAAAAAUUUGAUAGUAAAACCUGGCGUAAUUGAACCGCAAGUUAUUGCCAGAGCAGCUGAAUGGUCUGAACAUCGAGCUCCAGACGGUCGGCCGUAUUACUAUCAUGCAGGACGGGGCGAGAGUGUGUGGGAAAAACCACAAGCGAUUCGCGAUCUCGAAGCUGCUCGAAUGGCUGCCCAUGCCGGAGUUUCACCACAACCACCGAUACCCGCACCAACCGGACCAAUAAUGACUGCGAUGCAAAUAAAUGCGACGCCCGUUCUACAACCACAGAUGCCGCAAAUUCACCAUGUGCAGGCUACACCGAACUCAAUGUUCGAUCAAAUGGGCUUUGUAAUGAAAGCUGAGGAGGAAAGCGCCGAGGCUAAAUUGGAGAAGAAGCGAAAACAAGAGGCUGAAAAGAAGAAGAAAGACGAAGAAGAGAAGGCAAAACUACAAGCAGCCAAACAGCAGGAUAAAAGCAGACCAAUUUCUAGCACUCCAAUUGCAGGCACUCCAUGGUGCGUCGUUUGGACAGGCGAUGGGAGAGUUUUCUUUUACAAUCCUUCGACCAGAACAUCGGUUUGGGAAAGGCCAGAAGAUCUUCUAGGACGACCGGAUGUGGACAAAGCUAUUUCGACGACACCUGAACAGCUGGCAGGCACUCAGAAAGACGAGAAUAAAGUCACACCGGAAGUUGUCGUAGAAGUGGGUAAGAAACGUCCAGAAACGGAGUCGAGUGGCGAUGAGGAAGAAACAUCGAACAAAAAACAGAAACUGGAUGCUGUUGCUGCUGUUCAACCCACCGCAAAUAAGCCAAUCGAUAAGAAAGCGGACAUUGGUAAAGAAGCUGCAAUGGAAGCUGAGGUACGAGCUGCAAAAGAAAGGGCACUGGUUCCACUGGAAAUUCGUGUCAAAUCGUUUAAAGAGAUGCUCAAGGAGAAGGACGUGUCGGCUUUCAGUACAUGGGAAAAGGAGUUGCAUAAAAUUGUAUUCGACCCACGGUAUUUGCUGUUGACCUCCAGGGAGCGUAAACAGGUAUUUGAAAAAUAUGUUAAAGAACGGGCAGAAGAAGAACGGCGCGAGAAGCGGAACAAAAUUCGUCAGAAACGCGAUGAUUUCCGUGGUCUAAUGGAGGCGUCAUCACUGCACGGGAAAUCGUCGUUCAGCGAUUUUGCCCAGAAGUAUGGACGGGACGAGCGAUUCAAAGGCAUUGAAAAGAUGCGCGAACGUGAGAGUUUGUUCAACGAAUUUAUCGUUGAGGUUCGUCGCCGCGAAAAGGACGAGAAACAGCAAAAGAAAGAACAGAUACGCAAAGACUUUCUGGCACUGUUGCGCGAACAUGACAUCGAUCGACAUAGUCGAUGGACGGAUGUCAAGAAACGUAUCGAUUCCGAUUCAAGGUAUCGAGCAGUUGAUAGUUCGCUGUUGCGCGAAGAUUAUUUUCUUGAUUACUGUAAAAUUUUAAAGGACGAGAAAAAGAAGAGCAAAGAUAAAGAGCGCGAUCGUAAAGAUAAAAAGGACAAAAAGAGCGACAAGGAUAAAGGUAAGGACGAAAAGCGUCGCGACAGUAAAGACAGUAGUAGCAAGGCUGACAAGCACGACAAGGACAACGAAGAUCAGGAGGAUGGCGAGCAUCCAGCAACAUCCGAAGAUGAAGCCGAACGUCAGCAGAAAGAUCGCGAUCGUCAAAUCCGCGCCGAGCAGAGCAUCAAAGAACGAGAGAAGGAAGUCCAAAUCCAAUUGGCGGGUCAUCUGCGUGAACGGGACAAGGAACGGGAACAUCACAAACGUGACGAAGCGAUGCGUCAUUUCAGUGCAUUGUUGGCCGAUUUGGUACGGAAUGCCGAUCUGGCAUGGAAAGAGGUGAAAAAAUUGCUGCGAAAAGACCAUCGAUGGGAAUUGGUCGAACAAUUGGACCGGGACGUUCGCGAAAGACUGUUCAACGAGCACAUCGAUCAAUUGAGCAAGAAGAAACGCGACAAGUUCCGUGAAAUGUUGGACGAAAUACCGAAAUUGAGUCUGGUGGCCGCGUUCAAAGACAUCAAGAAAUUGAUUCGUGACGAUCCUCGGUAUUUGAAGUACAGCAGCAGUGAGAAGUGUGAACGAGAAUUUCGUGACUAUCUGAAAGAUAAGGCCGUUGAGGCGAAGGCAUCGUUUAGAGAGCUACUGUUGGAAUGCAAAUUGAUCACACACAAAAGUUUCGACACAGUCACCGAAAAUCCGGCUCAUCUGAAGGAAAUCGAAGAGAUCCUGAAAAACGAUAACAGAUAUCUUGUUUUGGAACCAUUACAACCGGAACGAUCGCAGAUGCUGCUAACCUACUUGGAAGAUCUCCAUAAGCGUGGUCCACCUCCGCCUCCUACUGCCAGUGAGUCAACGAGACGGAAUAAAUGAAAUAACAAAGAAAACUGAAAACAUUUUGCGAUUUACGCAAACUUGCCUAUUGUACACCUUUGUAGUUAUUAUUGUAGACACGAAUACAUUGGAUUAACGUAAUAUGG